AUGGCGGGACCACUUACAGACGCGGAGAGAGCCCGUGUUCGGGCUCACAUGGAUCAUCUUGACAAGGAUAUGGCCGUCAUCACAGAGUCAGAGUUCGAUCCCGACAAGGUCAAUGUUGCUCACGAGGCGGCUGCCAGGGCGUAUCCCGUUAACGUGCCUUGGGGUCUGGCCGUGUACCGUGCCUGGUACAACGACGAUGCGGCUUGGCAUCGUAUACUUUCUGUGCUCCACCGAGACAUCGAGUCAUCACUAGCAGUAUGUCAGGCUCAACCAGGCCUUCUCGCAAGACAUGAUUUGGUCGUUAUGGAUGAUCAGUCCAAAUUCGAAGGAGCAGGUCCCGAGAAGAUCCGCGAGCAUUUCAAUAGCUGGGCUGUAGACGAGCUACAACGUAACUGGCGUACCGACCGCGAGUCCGCGACCAAGGACGGAAUGACUGGCGCAGCCGGCAGUACGGAUUAUCUGCACCAUGCUGGAUCUCGCUACAAUUUCUUUCUUCUUGUUGACGACAUCUGCCUCGAAUCCUUUGAGAUGAUGGACGAGCCCGUGUUCAAGCUCGUCAAGAGAAACUGGGCGCCCGAUAGCGCAGGAGACGAAGCUGAGGAAGACGAGGAAGACGAGAGGUUUGACUGGGAGGGUGGAGAAACAAACAGUGACCAUGAAGACGUCGGUUGGAUGUACGUUGACACCAGUGACUACGUUGAUGUUCAGGAUCAGUUGCAGGGGGAUGAUUUCUGGCCGGAGUUGUAUGUGAGGCCGCCGCUCAUGCGUUGGGAGGAUAAUUUCAAUAGGGCACCUGGUUUCUGGCGACGGAACGCAUCUUCCGCAUAG